AAAUAAUAAAAUAUAUAUAAUAGUAAUAUGUCUAGAAUUAGUGAUUUUGAAAUACUCAAUCGUUUGGGUGAAGGAUCUUAUAGUUAAGUUUACAAAGUGAUCAGGAAAUCAGAUCAGCAAGUUUACGCCAUGAAGAAAGUUAAACUGUUCGAUUUGAAGGAAAAGGAGAAAGAAAAUGCUCUUAACGAAGUUAGAAUAUUGGCUUCAUUCGACGAUCCCAAUAUUAUUAAUUACAAGGAUGCUUUUAUUGAUGAUAACAUGCUAUACAUAAUUAUGGAAUUUGCUACAUAGGGUGAUUUGCAGAAUAAAAUCAAACAAGCUGGUAAUCAAUUAUUCCCUGAAACAGAAAUAUGGAAGGCAUUAUAUUAAAUUACCAAAGGUCUCAAGAAAUUGCAUGACAAUAAAAUUGUUCAUAGAGAUUUAAAAACUGCCAACAUAUUUAUUUCCAAUGGCAAUUAUAAACUGGGAGAUUUGAAUGUCUCCAAAGUCACUAAAAAAGGCUUUGCCUAUACAUAAACGGGAACUCCCUAUUAUGCAAGUCCAGAAGUAUGGAGAAAUGAAGCAUACAAUUCUAUGAGUGAUAUUUGGAGUCUAGGAUGCGUAAUCUAUGAAAUGGCUUCGCUCAAAUUACCCUUCAAAGCUCCUGAUCUCCAAGCCCUUUGCAAUAAAAUCCAAAGAGGUCUCUUUGAAUGCUUACCCAAACAAUACUCCAGAGAUUUAUAAUCAAUCAUAGUUUAAAUGAUCUAAGUUCAACCUAUGAAGAGAUUAUCAUGCAAUUAAAUUCUACAAAACCCACUUCUCAUCAACAAUUUAAAAGUAAUCCCGCCAAUCGAAAAACAAAAUUCAAAGGCUGAAUUACUCCAAACCAUCAAAUUACAAUAAAUAUAGCUGCCCAAAUCUAAUUACAAAGAGGAACCCACCAAAAAAACUAUUGAAUAGCCAAGAAUUAAUUAGAGAGCCCAUAGUGCACUGCCUGGAUAAAUUAAAGACAAGAAUUUAUCUCCCAUGAAUAACAAUCAAGGCAACUAUCCUUCUGCUCCCAGAAAGAAAGGAGAACCACCUUCCACUCCCAGCACCAGAAUUCAAAGCAGUGCACCUAGUCAAAGAGAUAGAGAAAAAAUGCUCCAAGAAUAACUAAAAAUAGAACUUCAAAAAGAACAAUAAAAACUUAUUAAUCAAAGAUAAUCCAUCAAAUCUAAUAAUCAACCUAUUGCUACUGAAGCCAUUCGUCAAUAGAUUGUGUAAUAGCAUAAGAAGGAAGAAAUAAAAAAUGAAGAGAAACUUUCAAAUCAAAGACAAAAGUCUGUUGACACUAAAAAAGAAAGACUCAUCGUUUCUGCUUAACCAAAAUAACAACUCCAAUAGACUGUUUAAGCACAAGAAACACAGUAUCAAACACAACCUUCCGAAUUUAUUGUUGCAGGAUUAAAGAAUAUUAAUCCCUAAUCAAUUCAAUCUAUACUAUGUCAACCUGUCUUAGAAAUCGGAGAAAGUCCCUUUCCAUAAAGAGCCAAAGUUAAAAAACAAGAACAAAUCAACAACCAUUAACAUUAUUUCCCCAUCUAAGAAGAAUUUUCUGAUCGCAAAUUAGUUAAAGGAAAGACUAAUGUAUGA